GCGGUGGAGGGGGAGCACACCUCCGUGGGGCUGCUGGGCAUCAGUAACGUGGAUCCUCUCCUCCUGCUGGUCCAGUGGCUCCCAGAGCUCGAUUCCUCGGAGCAGCAGCUCUUCACGUCCGAUUGGCUGCGGCGCCUCAGCUGUUUGAACCAUCAAACCCGCGCCACGUGUGUAAACGCCGCCAUGGUGAUGCGAGCGCUUUCUGGUUUGGAAAGCCAUCAGAGGCUAAACCGAUCCUGCGCCGAGAGUCUUUUUGUGCUCGUGGGUUCGUUGGGUUCCCAGUCUUUGAGCGCCAAAGAACUCCUGGGACUCCUACGCCUCCUCAGACCUCACGAGUCCAGUAAAGCCCACCCGUAUGUGGGUCCUGCUCUCAGAUCGCUGCUGGCCAUGGUGAGGAAGCAGGGCCUGGAGAGCGCCAUGCAGUAUUUUGAUUUGUCGCCCAGCAUGGCGGGCAUCGUGGUUCCGACGGUGCAGCGAUGGCCCGGUGCCGCGUUCAGCUUCAUCGCCUGGCUGUCGUUGGAUCAGGACCAGCUGGGACCAAUGAGCAAGGACAAGAGGAAGCAGCUGUACAGCUUUUUCACCCCCGGAGGGACGGGGUUCGAGGCCUUCAUCAGCUCAGAGGGUGUGUUGGUGGUGGCCGUUUGCACCAAGAAGGAGUACGUCACCGUCAUGCUGCCCGACUACUGCUUCUGUGACUCCCUCUGGCACAGCAUCGGGGUGGUGCACGUACCGGGGAAGAGGCCUUUUGGACAGAGUCUGGUCUACAUUUAUGUGGAUGGACAGCAGAAACUGUCGGCCCCCCUCAAAUAUCCCACCAUGACAGAGCCGUUCAUCUCCUGCUGCAUCGGCUCGGCGGGACAUCGGACCACCACUCCUCCUCCCUCACAGAUCCCAGACCCUCCCUUCUCCUCCGCCUCCACCCCCACCACUCGCUCCUCGCUGGGCGCCAUCUUGUCUCCUCAGACGUGGGGGGGGCUGCUGGGAGGAAAGCCGGAGUCCGUCACCAAGCUGAUCUCUGCAGGGACGCAGGACAGCGAGUGGGGGAGUCCCACCUCCCUUCAGGGACAACUGGGCAGCGUCAUGGUGUUCCACGAACCCCUGCAGGCGAGCCACGUGAAAGCCAUCUGUAGCGCAGGUGAGGGAGGGGCGAAAAGGACGUUCUUCAUUACCUACAGACUUUCAAUGUGGUAA